CACUACUCUGAAUUUCGUUUGUGACUUUCCUCUGGAAGUGACAGCAUGGAUUCAUGGUAUCUGCCUUGGUUUCUCUUCGCUGCUCUCCUCGUGGUUUCUGGCUUGCCAACUCCGGAAAACUUUGAUGUAGAUGGUGGAAUUGACCCGGAUAUAUUUGAUAUCAAUGAAGGUUUGGGACUGGAUCUUUUUGAGGGAGAUGUCAGACUUGCUGGGACACAAGAUAGAAAUUCCAUCAUUGGAGAAACAUACAGAUGGCCUCAUACCAUUCCAUAUGUUCUAGAAGAUAGCUUGGACAUGAAUGCUAAGGGAGUUAUCCUCAAUGCAUUUGAACGUUAUCGCCUGAAAACAUGCAUUGACUUCAAGCCUUGGGCUGGAGAAGCUAACUAUAUAGCAGUGAUCAAGGACAGCGGCUGCUGGUCUUACGUGGGAAAUAGGCGUGUUGGGAGGCAAGAGCUCUCCAUUGGGGAAAACUGUGACAGAAUAGCAACGGUUCAACACGAGUUCCUCCACGCACUGGGGUUCUGGCAUGAGCAGUCACGUUCUGAUCGGGAUGACUAUGUCAGCAUAAUUUGGGACAGAAUUCUGUCAGGUAGAGAGCACAAUUUUAACACCUAUGAUGACCAAGUAUCUGACUCUCUGAAUGUUCCCUAUGACUACACUUCAGUAAUGCACUACAGUAAAACAGCAUUCCAAAAUGGGACAGAACCAACAAUCGUAACAAAAAUCUCAGACUUCGCGGAUGUGAUUGGCCAACGCAUGGAUUUCAGUGACUAUGAUCUCCUAAAGUUGAACCGGCUGUAUAACUGUUCCUCUUCCUUGAGCUUUAUGGACUCAUGCGAUUUUGAACUGGAAAACGUGUGUGGUAUGAUUCAAAGUUCAGGUGAUAAUGCUGACUGGCAGCGGGUUUCACAAGUUCCCAGGGGGCCAGACAGCGACCACUCUAACAUGGGCCAGUGCAAAGGUUCUGGUUUCUUCAUGCAUUUCGACAGUAGCUCUGUAAAUGUGGGGGCCAUGGCAGUGCUGGAAAGUAGAACACUGUACCCUAAAAGAGGAUUUCAGUGCUUGCAAUUUUUUUUAUAUAGCAGCGGAAGUGAAAAUGACCAACUGAACAUCUAUAUCAGGGAGUAUUCUGCAGAUGAUGUCAAUGGUAGUUUAACCCUUGUGGAAGAAAUAAAAGAUAUACCCAUUGGGAGCUGGCAACUUUAUCAUGUAACAUUGAAAGUGACCAACAAAUUUAGAGUGGCGUUUGGAGGGGUCAGAGGCACUGGUGCAUCACUGGGUGGCCUGUCUAUUGAUGACAUCAAUCUUUCAGAAACACAGUGCCCUCAUCAUAUCUGGCAUAUAACGAAUUUCACACAGUUCAUUGGCAACCCAAGUGGAACUCUAUAUAGCCCUCCAUUUUAUUCUUCCAAAGGUUAUGCCUUUCAGAUUUUCUUGAAUCUAAACCAUUUGACUAAUGCAGGAAUAUAUUUCCACUUGAUCUCUGGAGCCAAUGAUGAUCAAUUACAGUGGCCGUGUCCUUGGCAACAAGCCACGAUGACACUCUUGGAUCAAAAUCCUGACAUUCGACAGCGUAUGUCCAACCAGCGGAGUAUAACUACAGACCCAUUUAUGACCACCGAUAAUGGGAACUAUUUUUGGGACAGGCCUUCCAAUGUGGGAGAAGUGGCUUUUUUCCCUAAUGGAACUCAAUUUAGAAGAGGUCGGGGCUAUGGAACCAGUGCCUUUAUAACCCAUGAGAGGCUGAAAAGCAGAGAUUUUAUAAAAGGAGAUGACGUUUAUAUCCUACUGACAGUGGAAGACAUAUCCCACCUUAAUUCUACACAAACUGAGCCAAACCCAACCCCUGGCAUCAGUGAACUUUGCACAGACUUCCAAUGUGAGAAUGAUGGCCUCUGCACUGUCCGAGAAGGCAAAGCCGAGUGCAGGUGUCCGUCAGGGGAAGACUGGUGGUACAUGGGAGAAAGGUGUGAGAAGAGAGGCUCCCAUCGUGACACCGUUAUCAUUGCUGCUUCUUCCACUGCCGGUGUGUUUGCCCUGAUGCUCAUAGUCACCCUCGUCAGUGUCUAUUGUACCAGAAAGAGAUACCGUCAAAACGCAAGUUCAAAAACAGCAGAUAUGACUGUGAGAAAUGUAAGUGGAGUCUGA